UCUCUUUUCCUCGCCUCCUUCCUCAGAUCCAUUGCUACUCUUCCCGUUACCCGGCCUUGCCUUGCCUGCCGGGUUUCUCGGAGGAGACGGCGAGGACGGGCUGAGUAAGCUAGAGGUGAUGGGGGCCGAGGUGGCGGCUGGCGGCGGCAACCUCCCGGGUUUCUUGGGGAGGAAGAGCAGGUACGCGCGCAUGGACGACGUGCUCCCGCCGGAGCCCGAAGACGUCGGCGUCGUCCGUGUUCGCGGCGGAGGCGGCGGCAGCAGCCGGAGAUACGUCUUUGCCUGCUCGGUCUUCGCGUCGCUCAACCAUGUCCUGCUCGGCUACGACGUGGGUGUGAUGAGCGGCUGCAUUAUCUUCAUCCAGAAGGACCUCCAUAUCACCGAGGUGCAGCAAGAAGUGCUAGUCGGGUGCCUCAGCUUCAUCUCCCUCCUCGGCAGUCUAGCCGCCGGCAGAACAUCGGAUGUCAUAGGCCGCAAGUGGACCAUCGGCCUCGCCGCCGCCGUGUUCCAGGCCGGUGCGGCCAUCAUGACGUUCGCGCCGUCCUUUGCUGUGCUCAUGACGGGGCGGCUGCUGGCCGGCAUCGGCAUCGGAAUCGGCAUCAUGGUCGCGCCCGUGUACAUCUCGGAGAUCUCGCCGGCGACGCUGCGGGGCACCCUCGCGUCCUUCCCCGAGAUCUUCAUCAGCUUCGGAAUCCUCCUCGGCUACGUCUCCAACCUUGUAUUCGCGGGCCUGCCCGACCACAUCAAUUGGCGGGUCAUGCUCGGCGCCGGCAUCCUCCCCUCCAUCUCCAUCGCGUUCGUGCUGCUGGUCAUCCCGGAGUCACCGCGGUGGCUGGUCAUGCAGAGCCGGGCUGGCGACGCGCGUGCGGUUCUUGCCAAGGUCUCGGACAGUGAGGAAGAGGCGCAGGAGAGGCUGGCCGAGAUUGAGGAGGCCGCGCGUGUCACUGCUUCAGACAAGGCAGCGUGGCGGGAGCUCCUGAGGCCGUCGCCAGUGGUCCGCCGGAUGCUGAUCACCGGACUGGGCGUCCAGUUCUUCCAGCAGGCCACCGGCAUCGACGCGCUGGUGUACUACAGCCCCACCAUAUUCCGGGACUCCGGCAUCACGACGGAGAGCCAGCUCCUCGCCGCCACCGUCGCGGUGGGGUUCUCCAAGGUGGCGUUCAUCGUGAUCGCCAUCGUCCUGGUCGACCACGUCGGCCGCAAGCCGCUCCUGUACAUCAGCACGAUCGGCAUCACCGUGUGCCUGGCCGUGCUGGCGGCGUCGCUGUCCCUGCUCGUGCGCGGCGCGCUGCCGAGCGGCGUCGCGAUCGGGCUCGCCAUCCUGACGGUGUGCGGCUUCGUGGCGUUCUUCUCGGUGGGGAUCGGGCCCAUCAACAUGGUGCUGAGCUCGGAGAUCUACCCGCUGCGGCUGCGCGCGCAGGCCGUGGGCAUCGGCUUUGCCCUGAACCGGAUGGCCAGCGGCGGCGUGGCCAUGUCGUUCCUGUCCAUCUGCCGUGCCGCGACCGUCGCCGGCGCGUUCGCUGCAUUCGCGGUCAUCUCGGCACUGUCGGUGGUGUUUGUGCACCUGUUCGUGCCGGAGACAAGCGGCAAGACGUUGGAGCAGAUAGAGUCCCUGUUUGGUGGCGGUGUUGUGACGUCCGGUGAGGUGGAGCUCGGCGAUGCCGAGCGUCUUGAGCACAAGAGACUAGUAACGCACUGAUGAGCGUUGCUGUAAUCAACAUUGGACGUUUGGUUGCUGCUUAUAACGGCCGGAUCCAGGACGCGGCAGCUUUCCUCUGUAGGCUCAUUCGUUGUAGACACUUGCAGAGAUUAUAACAACAUUAUUUUUUCUUUUCUUUUCUUUUCUGAAGGCAUUGUAUUCUUUGUUCUUUCCCAAUAUUAGAAGAAAAGGUGGUUUUUAAUGCACAUUUUAACCAUGGUCACAGUUUCAUUUA